AUGAAGUUCAAACGUGAGGAUAUUUUAAGCAGAUUGCGGGCAAACCUUGAGGCGGGUAAACCGAUUAUCGGUGCAGGCGCAGGGACGGGUAUCUCUGCCAAGUGUGAGGAAGCCGGUGGCGUAGAUCUCAUCGUGAUUUACAAUUCGGGACGCUUCCGCAUGGCGGGUCGAGGAUCUCUCGCGGGGAUGAUGCCCUACGGCGAUGCAAACCAAAUCGUUGUUGAAAUGGCAAGCGAAGUGCUGCCGGUUGUUCAAAAUAUACCCGUACUUGCAGGCGUUUGCGGGACAGACCCGUUUCGCCUGAUGGAUGUAUUCCUCAAACAGAUCGAUGCAAUCGGUUUUUCUGGAGUACAAAAUUUCCCGACAGUGGGCUUAAUUGAUAGCACAUUUCGACAAAAUCUCGAAGAGACGGGGAUGGGUUAUGGACCGGAGGUAGAGAUGAUCCGUACUGCCCAUAAUCUCGGCAUGUUGACAACGCCCUACGCCUUCAACGAGUCAGAAGCGGAACAGAUGGCAGAUGCCGGCGCGGAUAUCCUAGUUGCCCACAUGGGACUGACGACGAAGGGGAGCAUUGGUGCGAGGACUGCGUUGACGCUUGAAGAAUCCGCCAAACAGGUGCAAGCCAUCCACGAUGCAGCGAAGUCGGUCAACCCCGAAAUCUUGGUCAUUUGUCACGGCGGUCCCAUCGCCGAACCAGAAGAUGCCCAGUAUAUCCUUGACAACACAACCGGAGUCGUCGGGUUCUACGGUGCAUCAAGCGCCGAGCGUCUGCCAACAGAGCGCGCCAUUACCGCCCAGAUCGAAUUGUUCAAGUCAAUUCGCUUAUCGUGA